CCCGCCCCGCAGGCCCCGCCCCUCCCCCUGUAGCCGGAGCCCAGCAGCAGCCUCGGUACCGCGCGGGCUCGCGACGCCGCCACGCCGGGGCUGGUGAGGACUGCGCGGGGGUCCAGGGUCGCCUGCUCGCUGCUCUGCCCGCACCCGUCCGGGGGUGUAGACAGCUGGACCAGCUCCAGCGGCAGCGAGGACUCGAGCGCGGACGGCGGCCCGAGCAGCAGCGACACCAUGGAUCUCUCUUUUAUGGCCGCACAGCUGCCCAUUAUGGGAGGCGUGUUCAUGGACUCGCCCAACGAGGACUUCAGCACCGAGUACUCCCUGUUUAACUCCUCCGCCAACGUCCACGCUGCCUCCAAUGGCCAGGGCCAGCCCGAGGAGCCUUCUCGGUCCUCCAACGACGCCAUCUUGCUGUGGAUUGCCAUCAUAGCGACACUGGGGAACAUUGUGGUGGUUGGGGUGGUGUACGCCUUCACCUUCUGAGGGCCCGGAGUCCCCACCUGUCCAGGAUGGCCACUCUGUGCUGGGCUAAGACUUCCCUCAAUGUCCUGCCUCGAUCUUGGUCUUUGGCUGCACUUAGGGUCUAGAACUAGGAGUUCUGACCACUUGAGUGGCCUGUCCAUGGGCAGCAGCCAUGCACCUGGAAUUUCCCUGCCAGUCCUGAUUUCAAAUAUUCCAUGCCACAGUUGAGUGGAUUCUGGAAAUGUGGAAGCCUGGACUCCCAGGCCCUCGGGGCAUGGCAGGACAGGGCCUCCAGAGAGCUGGCUGAGGAGUCUUGGAAUCUGAGGCCCCAGCACAUGAGACCAGGAGGGACAGCAGGUGGGGUUCAAAUGUAGACAUGGUUUAGUGAUUGAUUGCUAGCCGUAAAAAUCACUUGUGUAUCUUGGUUUUAUGCAAACUCGUCAAACUGGUGUGUGUGUACUGGGGCAGGAGCAGCCCUGAGAACUUUGAUGCUCCUAAUGCAAUCUUAGUUUCAUGUCCAACCCCUUGGAGCAUUGAAGGUGAUCUUGUGGGGCCAUAGAGCAUUUCUAAUAGGACUUAGAAACAACACUUUGUCACCUGGCUCCCGUUGGACCCGGGAACAUCAGGAAACAUGGGUGGGGUUACCAGUGCUGAGGUGUGGCUUCUGGGUGGUUGGUGGUGGCUUCUAGCUAUGGAUGGACUCACUGAUCUUUUGAAGAAGAGAGGAUCCCUGCCUGACACUUAGCUCUUCCACCACUCUUUCUUUGAGGAAUUACAGAAUGAGUCUUCAUGCUCAGUUACUGCAUGGAUGGCCUGGGAUUUGCCUGUGGGCCCAUGGCCAGUUAGUGAAAGAGAACAGAAAGGCAUCCCCUUCCUCCUCGCUCUGGCUCAGCUGUGUGCAGCAGGAACAUGUGUGCUCAGGGGCUCUUGAAGCCAGAUGCGAAAUGGGCAGGUCCUUCAGUGCCUGCAUUUCAAAUGUGGUUGUGAUCGUGUGCACUGUCGGGCAGGUUUGAAGGUGCUUCCACCCAUCCAGUUUCCUUAAAUGUUUAAAAAGUGGUGACUGGGGAUCCCUGCGAACAAGGAGGCUCCUCAGAAACUGGAGCAGUGACUUGCUGUAGGAGCAGUUUUGGAACGGGCUGCUUUUCUUCUCCAGGAGAGGCCAUGGUCCGGGCCUCUGCGUUCUCCUGGGACGUGAGUGCUCUCGAUGACAACAAAAGGCACCUCUGUUGUCCAAAGGCAGACACUGGGCUCUGGGAGCAGCCAGCUAAUAGGAUUACCAGCCUGGCCUCCAGACAGGGCCAUAGACAGCAGCUGGCUCUUCUUAUUGGCCUCAUCUGUCACCCCAGCCACACAUCCGUCAACAAAUGCAUCCAUUUUGCAGAGGCUGUCGGGGCAGCGCCAGCCCAAGAGAAGGGAAUUGUGGGUGAGUGGCAGGCUGGGCUGGGCUGGGUGCCUUUGCAGAGCCCUCCCGAACCCUGAGCUAGGACUUUCUGAGGCAGAUGUCAGCCCGAGAGAACCCAAUCAGCUGGGCUUGGGCGACGCUUGAUGUCUUCGGGGGUCACUCUAGCCCAGCGCCCUCAGACCCCACAUCCCAAGGGGGCCUGCAGCCCUGGAGAGCAGUAGGUAGCAGAUCUCCGUGUCCCCAUCCCUGUCUCCUGUGCAUUCCUGGUCUGCUUUCUUCCACCAUCACAGAUAACAGUGAGCAGUAGCAGAUUUCCGCAACCUCCUGCUGCCCUCACCGGGCCAAGGAAGAAACAGAGACCUGAGGAUGUCACUUUCCCCAGGCCGCCCAGCAUGAAAGCAGGGAGCUGGGAUUGGAAGCUGGGCUCUGAAGCCACUGACACCAUCCUCCCUUUUGUGGCUCUGCAGCUCCACCAGCACCCGGACCUCCAGAGGCGGUUUCGUGAGGGCCACUUUGUGGGAUGGGCCAGGCCAGCUCUGGCUCCCUCGGGCCCCUGAUGUCCUCAGAACGGGGCAUGUCAGGCCUCCUGCUGCUGCCCUCUCUGCCCAGACUCUACUCACAAAGCCUCCCUCCGGCUGCAGUGAAGUUCCAAGUAGCUGGCUUUCUAGGGAUGUGUGCAGAAGAGACGCUGGCUGAGACAUGGGAGCCCCGCAGACUGUGUCGCCAUGGAAGAAGGUUCUUCGCAGGGGGGAAUUCCAUCAGUCAGUCAUGGACCUGUGUGGCACAGGCCUUUCUCUGAGCCCCAGGCUCUCCAGGUCAGGUGACACGCACCCUCUGCUUUCAGACCACAGCCAGGGCCCUGUCCUGCCUUUUCCCUGGGUGGGGUGAACCCCCGGCCCCCUUUGAUUUUAGGGUCAGUGCUGAGGGAGAAAGGGGUUUGGCUCUCCAGGAGCUGCUUUUCAGAGAAAGGCAUGCAUUUGCUGGAAGGCUGAGAAGAAAAUAAGACCCCUCCCCUCCCCACUCCAGAAAAGGAGGGGUCUCUACACAGAAAUCCCCACAGUGCCAGGGAGUGGGCAGGGAGGACAGGCUAGCACCAGACAGCUGUGACCACAGGCCGGCUUCCAGCCUAUAUAAAGUGGUGACUGGAAUAGUCACAGAUCACACUGGCAUUUAUCAGGACCUGUCUACAAAGCCGGGGAGACUCGGCCACAUGCGUGCGUCAUCAGAAUGGCUGCCUGAUCCCUUCCAGGCAAAGGAUCCCCUCUUUCUGCAGGGCGGGACUCCCUUCAUGGUGAGCAGGGCAGAAACUAACUGCUGUUCCCCACAGCUGUUUUGCACAUCUUCCUGUGUUGAGUGUUGUGUGUAAAUCCCUUGUGUUCCUAAAUCUCCUCUGAGGACAGGGUGAGGGGUAGGGUGUGCAUAGUAAUUCUCCCAUUUUUCUGUCAAGAAAACAGGCCAGGCCCUCCCCUCUGCCUGAGAGCCCACGGGUAAGCAGUCAGGACUCAGCCACUGCCUCCCCGUGCCCACGCCCUCUGAGAUGAGCCCUGUGGGAUGGGCCGUCCCGGGAAGGGGUUUCCGGAUCCAGGGCCUGGCUAUGGACCUAUAGCCAGAUUGCCAACAUCCAGUGUGCUUGGGGAAAGGGGCAGGCAGCUUGCAAGUACACUUAGUCCUGGACCUCACAGCAGCACGGCUUAGAGAGCACCUGAUCAGGACCUUUAAUGUUCAGAAAGAGCGGCUGAGGCCAUCCAGCAAAUCCAGCCUUGCCAUGUGAUUGUGUUCUCUGCCAGCUGUCACCGGCUUGGCUGCAUCCUGCAGAUGACCAUCGAUUGUCCCAGAGUGAGCCCCAGGGGUGGGCUGCCUUGCACGGUGGGGAGGCCUAGGUUUCCAUGCUCAGGAGCCCUGAGUGUCCAUAUCUCCCUGUCCCGAGCUCUCUCAUCCCAGCAUGCUCCUCAGGCCUGGCCCAAGGCCACUCAGCGAGAAACAGAGAAGAGGGCAGGUGAACCGUGACUAUGACCUCAGAGACAGGGAGCCCAGGAUCUCCAAGUGGAAAGGGAGGCCUCUCCCAGAGACCCCGAGAAGCAGAAUUACAACAGCCCCAAAUAUGCCCAGUGCAAGCUCGGGGAUUAGAGUUGAGCAGUUAUGUCUUUGAGGGAAGAGGACAAAUGCACGCAAAAAACCACGGGACUGAGGGAGGUGCAAGGAGGCCCCAGGGAGAGGAAAAGCCACUGUCAGGCAUGAUGGGAUCGCCAGAAGGACACCAAGCCAGCAACACUCCUGAGAAGGGAAGCCUGUGAGCUUUGCUCAGAGUCCCAGAAAUGUUUCAAGACAGAGUAAAAGUGGAAGAGGGCUGGGCUGGGCCCGAAGAGGCUGAUGGUGUCGGUUGCUGAUGCUGUCCUGUGACCACGCUGGUGGCCGGGAGCCUGCCCAGGCCUCUGUGUCCCGGCAUGUUUGAGGCACAUCCUCCACCUCUGGUCCGUCUCCAGCCCUAUUCCUCCUCCCCAAGAGGAGGUUUGAGACCCAUGUUGCCCUGGGACUAAAUUCAACAGAAAUGCACAUAUGUGCAGGGAAUGUGUGGACCUCGGCAACUAGGGGACUCUGGACCCUCGUUCGACAUGCAGACCCCUCCAUGUGGCCAAGUGGCCCCUGGGCCCCUUGUGCCUGUCUUUCCAGUAAUCUUUCUGCCAGGGUUUUUGUGAGCAAGAGAAUUGGCAUUCAUAGUUAAAAGCAUUCUCCAACAAAUGGCAAUCUUGAUGGCUCUGGCAGGAGGGGGACCUCAUCCACUGACCUUGAGGAAACCGAGUCUUGAGGAGGCAUGGGCUGAGCUGGGGAGCAGAGGGACAGGAUCGUAAGCCCAGGGCUUCUAACUACAGAGGUUCUGAUUCCAAGCAGCCCGUGGUUCUCAACUGCUGGCACUUUAGUAUGCCAGGAGACAUUUGGCGAUGUCUGGAGACCAUUUUGGCUCUAGAGGGGCUCUAGUGACAUCUGGUGGGCGGAGGCCAGAGUUGUGCUUAGCAAUGUCCUACAAUGCACAGCCCAGUCCCCACUACAGAGAAUGAUCCUGCCUCAGAAUGCUAGUCCUGCCAAAGUCAGGAAACUUUACACAUGGUUAUGCUAUCUCUGAUUUCAAAAUCAUGGGUUUUCCCCAAAGCUCCACUCUUCCUCAUCCAUGAAUCACUGAGUAAAUCAGAGCUGUUCCGAGCAACAGCAGCGAUCAUGGUUGCUGACCCAGGUUCACAUAAUUCCGGUGGAGGGCCAGGAUCUGGAAUUCCUCCUGAGUUGGAUCGGACUUUGGAAACCGACCUGGCUCUGAUUCCACUCUCUGGGGCCUUCUGGAGGAAGCCAGCUGGAAUGGAGGGUGCGCUACAAAGUGGGUGGAACGCUGAGGCUGGACUUGCCCCGCAGUGAGGUGCCUCUUGCGGGCCUCCAGUGACUGGUCCCCAUCAGUGCCCCAAGAAGCACCAUUCCAGGGGAGUGUAGGACGGCUCAGGAGGCUGGAUAACAGCCACUGGACAAGUCUGCAUCUUCUCUUAUUUCUGAUCCUUUCCCACAUGCCCACCCUCUUCCCUAGCUGAAAGCAUACUAAGCACUCUUUCUACAAUUUAGACUUUUACAGAAUCCUUAUUCUUGUAACUUGCCACUGUAGAUAUCAACACUCCAUGAUGAGAGAAUCAGAAAUGUUUCUAUGUCUUACUAACGUUUUCAUAAUCAACUUGUAAAAGUAUGCAGUUUCCUUGAUAUAAAAGUAUUUUAACUAUUCUUUUAGGCCUUUGCUACUGCAGCACCUGAUUUGACCCUGUGACCACUGACUUUUACUAGUGUGAAAAGGCUCUUUCUUAAUGUGGGACUUCAAUGUGCUUUUAGACUAAAAAUCUGUAACCUCCAGGAUGUAAAAAUGUGGCAGUGAAAUCUCUUUGUUAACUUUAUUGCUGUGGUUGUCAUAUUCUAUUAUGAUAAUAAAAAAGAACGAAAGGAAGAUCAAA